CCUGGCACGUCUACUGCGCAUGAGGUACGGCGCACGGUGCCAACUUUCAGUAUCCCAGUUGUUUUCCAGACGCCCUAGUGUUCGUACACGCUGAAUAAUACACCCUGUGUUUUGUUGUGUCGUGAUAAAUGCUUUAAGGUAUUGCAGCAUGAAAGUUCUAUGGCUGUGUUUGGCGGCCGUGUGCUUGGUUGUAUGCACGGCGGAGCGCGGCGGAUCGUUGCGUGGGGCGCUCGAAGCGUUGCAGCGGCGACAACGUGGGCGCGUGCAUGUACCGGUUGAACCUUCAGACUAUGAAGCUUUUUACGACUUCGUGCCGCCGCAAGCGUAUGCUGAACCUGAUUAUUCUGUAGAUACGGAAAACGUUGAAGAUGAAGCAUCUCCAAAGUAUAUCGUUAGGUUACUAGAAAAUGAAAGGCCAUCUGAUGCUUAUGAAUACAAAAUAAUCAAGAAAAAAUCUGCAUAUAAUAAUAGACCGAAUCCCAAUACACGGCAACUUUCUCCUUUCCGUGAACGAAGUCAACAUUCAGAUAACGAUAGACUUCGAGACUUGUUUAUGGAGAGAGACGGAGAUGUAGAAGAAAGUAGACACAUUUUAGAAAACGAAGUAGAUGAUGACAUUGAAUAUGCAGUUCUUUUAGAUCAGCUCUGGUCUAAAUAUAAGAACCAAGGCCGUUUUAAGAAUGAUGACAAUACAGAAGGGGUAGUGAAGUUAUAUAAAGAUAAAAUUAUCAAAAAACGAUUUCCUAACAAUUGGGGACCUGUCGCUUUUAAAAGAAAACGAAGUCCAGAGUCCAAUAUAGAUCAAUCAGUAUUAUCCGAGAGUGAAUAUAUUAAGAAUAACGGAGAUACCGUUCCUCGUAGUUCGAACUAUAAUUCAUAUGAAGUUUCUGAUAAUGAUGACGAUAAUGAUAAAGAUGAUAUGCGAGAAGAAUAUGCUAUUGCAUUCCAACCUCUAAACGAUGAUGACGCCACUGAUUUAGCAGAUGAAGAUCAAUAUGCAUAUGAAACUAUUGAAAAGCGAUUUCCUGUAACUAAAAGAAGCAGUGGGCCUUAUAAUUUUAAUAGUCAAAAGAAAAGGUUUGCUCCUGACCAUAAUAAACGUGAUACUAAGGCAUUCAGAAAUAGUGCCGGAACAGAUCCAAAAAUAGUCAGAGACUUGUCAAAAAUAUUUGGGAAUGCUGAAAAUGAAUUUAUUAAAUCUCCCGUUAAGCGUAACACUGAUAACGUAGAAAAUUUGCAUGAUACUAAGCCACCGACUUUGGUUUUACCUCAUAAUCAUACCGAAUAUGAUCACAAUUUGACUAUACAUGACGAUAUAAGCCAUGAAGAAAAUGGACGCAAAAUUCAUCCACCAGGAGUGUUUGGUAAAGAAGAACACGCCCAUGACAAACAUGGAUUGGAACUUAGUCAUGAUACGGACCAUAAGCAUAGUCAUGACAAUGAUCAACACGAUUAUAAUGACCAACAAGCUGAAAAACCAAUUAAAAUAAAAAAGAAAUCUAUUGAUUGGUCAGAUUAUUUUGGUAUUGACAAAAGGCUUAAAAAAUCCGUUUCCUUUGUAAACAAUCUAAAUGAGGAUCGGCUUAAAAAACAAUACUUUGACACGUUUAACAAGGAGGUUAUAUACCCAUUAAAUUCCUUUAGAAAAAAUAAUUAUGCAAAACGCAAUUACGUUCAACCAAAUGAGGAAACAGAUGUUCAAAUGAAUAAUGAUAAAUCACUUGCUAAAGACGAAAAAAGAAACUCGGGAACCGAUAAUGAGUCGAAAUUGGAUAAUAUCGAUAAAAAAUUGAAAAAUAUGGAAGGAAUAAUAGUGGAUGAAGCAUUACAUUACUCUAAUAUUGGUGAAGAACUUGAUUCUAAAGAAGAACAAGAAAUGAAAGAAAAAUUGUUGUCUCGUUUGGCAGCAGCUUACAGUUUGGAGAAAAUGCGCAAAGCACUAAAAGAAUUUAAGCAAAGUUUGCAAAUGCAAAAAGCAUCUUCUGUUAUACGAUCCUCUCCUGAUCACACCAAUGAUAAAUAUAAAAGAGUUGUUAUUAAAAAGGAAAAGGUACUAAUGAAUAAUGAGCUACCCAUCCCAUCUGAAAAGAAUGAUGAUUUUGAAGAUGAACAAGGAGCUGGCCAUUAUUUAAAUGGUAAAAUGGAGGAACAGCUCUCUGAAGGAUAUAUGGGUGGUAGUGGAAGCCAUCAUACUCCGGUUAUGUCGACAGUUAGCUCAAUGGGUGCCUGUCCAGUUUUAGCAAAGAUUGUACAAAGAUGCCGUGGUGUUGAUUUAUUGGCUGGGGAUCGUGGUCAGCUGUUUCUCCCUUUGUGUAGCUUACAUCAAAUUUGUUACCUUUGUGGCGAAGCUCCUCCAACAACAUGCGACUUGGUAUUUUUGUCUGAAGCAGACUCAUCAUGUGAAGGUGAUAUGAGUUGCCAGCGAGCUGCACGUUCUGCUCUUAUGGCUUUAAGAGAAUUGCAUGAAAAUUUAGUCGAUGAGUUAGAUGGUGAAUGCGAAGCAAGCCCUUGCCUUCCUGCUACUUUGAAACUCAAUUUAGGUUGGCAAAGAGCACUUCACCGUGAAAACGAAUUUACGAAAUAUGAUGCUCAACGAGUUGUUAGUGUUAUUGAUAAUGAUAGAGAUUUAUCUAUUGAUAACAGGGCGUGCAAACGAUUGAAUUGUGUCGAUAACUCAGUACAGUUGAGUACUAAUAAUAAAGAACAUCACAAUUAUACAUCGAUAUUACAUAGUUAUUGUAUAUACGUGGUCACAUCAUUUACUAUGGCAAAUAAUAUUGAAAAUGGAAGGGGUGUGGAUAAUCUGGCAGCAACUGAAGACGAUGGUUCAACACUGAGGCCCGAUCUGGUGAUAAGUGUCCAACCCCAAGUACAAGAGAGUAACAGAGCUGAACUUCCAGUAUCAACGACAGAUUGGCAUUCGAACAGUCGAGGACAGUUCAUACCAAUACACGGCUUAGAUUUUCUCAUCGGUGCUUCGAGCUUGCUCAUACAACAAACCGUAGAACUCGAUGACUUAACGUCCAGAAUAAAUUCAGAAAAUAGAUACAUAGUAAAAGUACCGCACGGUGAAUCGUUAUACAUCGCUAGUGAAGUGUCUUCGAAAACACAAAGAAGUUUAUGUGGCAUGGGCCGAGCUUUUGUAAUGCACUUGCACGACAGCACGAGGCAGGAGGCGCUGCUGCUUCAAAGACGACUGGCAGCAGCCUCUUGCUUGUUCCCUUGUCGGUUACAGGAGAUGAGAGUAAUAACUCCUCCAGGGGACUAUAUUGGUCGCAUACAGCAACAGUGGACAUGGAUGGUGCCGUUCUUUCUUGUAAGAGAUGCGGCGGAUGAUGUCCUAUAUGUUAUAGAAGGACCUGCAGUUUUAAGAAAAAGCGCUUUACAGCUUUCUAAAUUUAAGGUAUUAAGUGGGGAUUCCUUACGAGAAGUUGGAACAAUUUCUCACGGUUGGGACCGUGAACUUGUCACUUUUACCACAAAUAUUAUUUAUCCUACUGACACAGUACAGCCAAAACAUAAAGCUCUUAUAUUAGCCGCGGCGUUUUUGCUUGAAUACACGUACUUCGAACGGGCAAAGAAAAAUUGUUGGCGAUGUAAUUGUUGUUAAUUUAGUUUAAGCAGUAGUUGUAUGGAACAUAAACAUUACAAUUUAAUUAAUUGAGAGGGUCUGCAAUUUGAUGAUAUAAAGAAG